AUGUCACUCGUCGAGAUCUCUCUGCCGCUUCUUCGCCUCAGUCCGGCGCUCGUGUCCUCUAUGACCCUCAUGUUCGCCCUCGACGAGCACCUGAUUUUUGGGACCUGGGUGCAGGGUCCCAUCCGCCCACUGGCAAACUCUAACCUUCCUGCCUGGUGGACCAGGGGCGGUCUUCGAUGGCAGUGGGUCCUUAUCAUCUUUUACCCUGUCAACUACCUUCUCGGCAUUCUCAACCUGCUUAUACCCGAGCAUCAAUAUGGCUCGACAACGUGCUUAGCCCACAUGCUAUUUGCGCCAACGGCUCUGCAGCGCAUCGCGGCUAUCGAGAAGAACGUUCCAAAGGGCAAUGUUGUCAUCUCCAUGGAAUCUUGGCUUCGGAUGAAUUGGAUUAGGGCGUGGACUACGGAUCUACCGGCUUGGGUGUGCUUCAUCGUUGCUGCGCUCAAGGCGCUGUGA